CAUACACCUCUAGCUUAUCUUAUCCAGCCACAUAUAUACCACGGAGUCAUACAUGCUCACCAUUCUAUCGUCGACAUCGUUGAACAGAAACAUCAGUAAAUGGUGUGCGAGGAAACAUAGCGGCCCGGACGGACCGGCGGACCUUGAGGGUAAAUAUCGAUUUGUACGACAAGGCCGCGGGAUUGCGAAGGAACAAGAAGUUGAGUAGAGUUCAGAUCUAGACAGAUACAAUGGCAUACGACGGUUGGAGUCCGCCCCCCACAAGAUACCCAUAGAAAAAAUAUAUCUGUCAAGAACAAUAUGAGCUAACCGGUGCAACUGCUCUUGAUACCCGCAACGUCAACCAACCAUCGUGCGUUUUCAGCAGCACACAAAGUAGCAACCAAGAGUAGCAAGACUCGUCAUGAAAACUCCGAAGAGGAUGAUGUGUUUGACUUUCCUAUACGGAAUAUCGAAUACACUUCCGGACCAGGCGAGUUUGGUAGCCAAUCUGCAAGAGAAGCAAGGGCUUCU